UUAGUAAUGAAUGAUCAAUUUCUCAAUUGUAGAUUGUGUUCAACAGAAUUUGAUUAAGUCAUUCAUUUACCUAGGCUUUUAAAUGAAUGUGGACAUACUAUUUGUGAGAAAUGCAUAAAAUAAUAAGAAGGGCAUUUCAGAUGUCCUGCAGAUGAGUAAUGUUCAUUUUUACCAUUCCAGAACACUUUAUGAAUAUUCCAUAGAUGGUUUUCCAAUCAAUACAACUUUAUUUAAAUUGAUUUAACUAAAAUAAAAACCUAAAUUGAAUGAUCUUUUUAAAACACCUUAGAUAAGUCUAUACAACGAUAAUUCAUCUCCAGAUUCUACUAUUUCUAAAAAUAAAUUUUAAGAUUCUUAAUUAACUCCUAUCUCAUUAUAAAAUACUAUCUCUGAUGGAUAAAAAUAAAGAGAUGAGUUAAUUUAGAAAAUUGAAAAUAAAUUUAAUGAUCUCAUAACAAGAUUAGAAAUCAGAAAAAUGGAAUUAUAUAGUUAAAUAGAUAUGAAAUAUGAAUAAUCUCCAUUUUGUGUUUUAUAAGUAGACUUUUAAUUUUAGAUGGAUGUUCUGGUACCUAGAUAUGGAAUCUUAAGAGAAGAAUUAUACAGUGAUAUUUAAUUGAAUAAUUCUUAAUAAAAAGAACAAUUUCUAACAUUUUCUAAUAAAGAUUCUGUUGAUACAAACAGGUAAAGAUCUCCAUCAAAGAAGAUUUUUGAGGAAUUAAAAUAAAUUUACAUACGCCCUGCAUUAGCUUUAGAAAAAACGAAUGAAUUAAAAAAAAUUAUUAAAGCAAUGAAUAGAUCUGAGAAUCUUGAUAUAAUUAAUUUAAAAUCAAGAAACUUAACAGAUGAUGAUAUAAAGAUUUUUUCUGAAUCAUUAGCAAUUACUAUUUCAAACAUAAGAGCAAUAUUUCUAUCAAAAAAUUAAAUAACUGAUUUAGGAUUUAAAUAUUUGAUUGAUGCUUUAUGGACGAAUAAAACUAUAAAGACUUUAAGAUUGAAAAAUAAUCAAUUAACAAAUGAAUGUUUGAAAUAUUUAAUUGAAAUUUAUGAAGAUCAGAAGUAUAAUUCUUUAUAAUAAAUUUAUUUGUAAGGUAAUCAAGUUACAAAUGAUGAUUAAAUUCAAGCAUUGACAAAAUUGGGUAUAUUAAUAUAUAAAUGA